AUAAAAAAUGUUUGUGUGAUAGAAACGUAAAUAAAACGAGUCAAGGCACCGACACAUGGGGAUUUGUGUUUCCACGUAAUACGACAUCGUAUUCAAUUCCUAAACGACGCCGUCUCCACUCGUGCUUAUCCAUAAAUGGAAAAAUAUCUACGCAACUGCCACGUCAGCACAGAAAAAAAAAGAUCACCGGCAAAAAAACACAGUGAUUCUAUGGCGGUGGUUCAGUCUCUUCGAAGCUAAGCUCGUCGUCUUUUUCUUAAAACUCCGGCGAAAAUGGCGUCUCUUACUCUCCGAUGCGACUCGACCCAUCUUUUUCCUUCGCGUGAUGUUGUCAAGAGAACAAAACCAUUUAGAACGAGCUUGGUGUGUCCUAGGAUUAUAUCAAAGAGGUUUAUUGUUAGAAUGAGAGUGAUAUCUGAGGAAGGAGAUGUGUUCUCUUCCUCUAAGAGUAAUGGAUCAUCAAUGGGGGUUGAGAUGCAGCCGGAUUUGGUAUCGUUUGGAACAUUAGCAGCUGAAAUGAUUCCCACAACAAUGGAUUCUCCUGUUGUUGAGGAUGAAGAGUUUGAUUUAGAUCGACCUACUGAUGGAUUUGCGUCUAUUCCUCAAGCUAUUGACGAUAUACGACUGGGCAAGAUGGUAGUUGUUGUAGAUGAUGAAGAUAGAGAAAACGAAGGAGAUUUGAUCAUGGCGGCAUCGUUGGUAACACCUGAAGCUAUGGCUUUUGUUGUAAAGCAUGGGACUGGAAUCGUGUGUGUGAGCAUGAAAGGCGAAGACUUGGAGAGGUUAGAGCUUCCUUUAAUGGUGACCCGAAAGGAUAACGAGGAAAAACUCCAUACGGCCUUUACGGUUUCAGUGGACGCGAAAAAGGGAACAUCCACAGGUGUCUCAGCUCGUGAUAGGGCGCAAACAAUAUUAACCCUUGCAUCAAAAGAUUCAAAACCUGAAGAUUUCAAUCGUCCUGGUCAUAUAUUUCCUUUGAGAUACAGAGAAGGUGGUGUUCUUAAAAGAGCAGGGCAUACAGAAGCCUCUGUUGACUUGACUGUUUUGGCUGGUUUAGAACCAGUAUCGGUUUUAUGUGAGAUUGUAGAUGAUGAUGGUUCCAUGGCUAGAUUACCAAGACUCCGCAAAUUUGCUCAAGAGAACAACUUGAAAAUAAUUUCAAUCGCAGAUUUAAUCAGAUACCGAAGGAAAAGAGAGAGACUGGUAGAGUUUACUGCGGUUGCGCCUAUACCGACAAUGUGGGGACCAUUCAGAGCACAUUGCUUUAAGUCAUUACUUGAUGGAGUUGAGCACAUUGCAAUGGUCAAGGGAGAAAUCGGAGAUGGGAAGGAUAUUCUAGUGAGAGUACACGCGGAGUGUAUCACGGAUGAUAUAUUCGGAAAUAGCUCCGGUGGAAAACAGUUAGCGAUUGCAAUGAGACUGAUUGAAGAAACUGGGAGAGGUGUUUUUGUCUACUUACGUGGUCCUGAAAGUAAAGGCAUUGAUCUAAGCCAUAAGCCUCGUACUUACAACACCAAUUCAGAUCAAGCCGAAGGUGUUUCAUUUCCCGUUGCUUCACGGGAAUACGGCAUUGGAGCACAAAUUCUAAGGGAUCUUGGAGUUAGAGAGAUGAAAGUGAUGACGAAUAAUCCAGCACAUUACGUUGGUCUUAAAGGCUAUGGUUUAUCAAUUUCUGGUAAGGUUCCACUCGUUACUCCGUAAGUGUUGGUUUUCCUUGGGGAAAAAUAUGACCCGUUAUUUGAUUCCGACACGUGUCGGCCUCUAUGAGUGACUUAGUUUGUUGUUUAGUUGUGGUUUUGGCGCCUAAACCAUGUGUCUGAUUUUGUUUUUUUGACCUCCAUAAAUAUAUCAAUAGAAUUAACUUUAAAUGGUAUUUUCCUCUGCAAA